GUUUCACUAGUAGACCACCCUUGUUGUCCUUCAGCUUAUGGAGAGAAAUCGCUACGAUGAUCUACUUAGUAAAACAUGUAUAAAUAAUACAAGACAAACUCCAAAAGACGGUAUCAUCACUCGACUAUCUUACGGCUCGACCAUCCUAUCUCUUGUUCUGCUCAGGACCACCUCGGUACUCAAACAAGAAUCAGUAAACCAUGGGGGUGGCGCAAGUACACACAGAACCACCAAGCGACACGGGUUCAAAACCAUUCACACUGUGUGUGUUUUGUGGAUCGAGUGAAGGAAACGACCCCAGGUUUCGCGAUGCUGCCAGAGCGCUAGCGAACAUGAUGGCGAAGAGAUCAUGGUCACUAGUGUACGGGGGCGGGACCAUGGGGCUGAUGGGAGUGCUUGCUAGAGAGGUAGUGGCCUUGCAGGGGCCUGACGCGGUGCACGGCAUUAUCCCACGGGCGCUUCUACAAGGUGGAUCGGAGCCGGCGUUUGAUCAAUUCGGGCGCACAACGGUGGUGGCUAGCAUGCACGAGCGGAAGCGGAUGAUGGCAGAAGAGGCAGAUGCCUUCGUGGCAUUACCUGGUGGUUUCGGAAUGCUUGAGGAGUUACUCGAGAUGACAACAUGGAGUCAGCUGGGUAUUCAUGCGAAACCGGUAGUUGUAUUCAACUUGUCCGGCUUUUUCGACGGUGUGUUCGAGUGGAUGCAGACUGCAAUCAGAUUCGGCUUCAUCCUGGACGCCCAACUGGGGUUGAUUGGACAGACACGCACAGUCGAGGAGUUGGCGACGAUUGUUACCACCAGAGAGAUCGCUCCGGGACGAUACACGUUCCUGGACUGGUCGUCGGACCGUCGUCACAGCAAUGGCCGGGUGAAAGGGACCAUUAUAGAUCCUGAGACUGUACACAAUGCUUAGCGUUGCUAUUGCAGUAUUUAGAGGUCAAAUGACAACCAAAAUUUCCGGAUACCCGAGCGUGCAACACGACUCGCUUUGAUGAUUUCUAUGCCGAGGGAAAAGGUGGGCUGUACUUGGUUGCAAG